GAAACUUAGUCAAACCCUCUAACCAUCAAUCAAGUAUACUAGUAUCGUUUCUUUUUGCGCAAAUUGUUGAAUUAGUGUUUCCCAAUACGACUUAGGCCGCCCACACACAACACCAAAUAGUGGUCACAUCCCACAUACAAAAACCAGUUUUUAAAAGAGAACUUUCCUCCUUUUGCCAGCUUCCUAGUCCUUUUCUUUUCUUCUCUUCUUUUUUUUCCUUUUUUUUUGUAUUAAAAAAAAUUGGGCAUUAAUUUAUCCCAUGUUCCGCCAGCUUCCCACUUCCCCUAUUUUGCCUAAAAAACCCAAACUUUCACAGAUUCCGAAGGCUCUCUCCAUUUAAACCAGUCAUCCAUUCCAUUCCUUCUUCUUUCCUCCCUCUCUUACUAAAAUAAUAUAUAUUGACAUUGCCAUUUGCCACAAAUUCAGUCACACUUCAGAGGAAGAGAAAAAACACAAAGGGAACAUGGCUUCCUAUGUUAUUCUUUUGCUUUCAGUAAUCAUAUUCUCAUUCUCCGUUCUUCUUCUUUCUUUAUCCUUAUCUUCUCUGGUGUUUGUGUCUUUCACAACGGUGGGAACUUUCCACCAACACAUAAGCAUUAAUUGGGGUGAAGAAAGAGCUCAGAUACUUGAAAAGGGUCAGCUUGUGACCUUAACUUUGGACCAAUUCUCAGGUUCUGGUUUCCAAUCCAAGGAUGAAUACUUGUAUGGCAGGGUUGAUAUGCAGCUCAAGCUUGUUCCGGGUGAUUCUGCUGGCACUGUCACCGCAUUCUAUCUCUCUUCUGAUGAACCAGCUCAUGAUGAGAUUGAUUUUGAGUUUCUGGGGAAUGUAUCAGGGGAGCCUUACAUUGUCCACACCAAUAUCUACACACAGGGGCAUGCAGGCAGGGAAAUGCAAUUCUAUAUGUGGUUUGAUCCUACAGAGGAUUUCCACACUUACACCAUCAUCUGGAAUCCUAAAAGAAUCAUUUUUUUGGUGGAUGAGAUUCCUAUUAGGGUAUUCAACAACCAUGAAGAUUUGGGAGUGCCAUUUCCAAGUAGGCAACCAAUGAGACUGUAUUCAAGCAUAUGGAAUGCUGAGAGCUGGGCUACACAGGGUGGGAAAGUGAGGAUUGAUUGGAGUAAAGCACCCUUUACAGCAUCUGCCAGAAACUUGAAAAUUGAUGCUUCUGUCUGGCAUUCAGAUGAUGCUUCCUCACCUAACAAAACGUGGAUGAAUCAGCAAUUGGAUGCAAUUGGGAAAAGGAAUUUGCAGUGGGUACACAAGAAUUACAUGGUCUACAAUUACUGCAGAGACUACAAGUACAUCUAUGGCAUCCCUCUUGAAUGUACGCUGUAAUUUUUUAGUUUUGGAGAUUCACACCAAUAUAGCAGAUACAAAAUCACAUUUUUAGCUGAGACAAAAUCAUUUAACAAUAUGUUACCAAAGUUAUAGCAAUGUGCAUAAUAGAUGAAAUGAUAUUUUUUUGGUAUCCCCAUAUUUUGUGUAUACAUAGAGAAGAAGAUUGUCAUUCUUUUGAAUUUCCCAUUUUCUACAUUAACUCUUCUUAAGGAUUAGGAUAUAGAAAACAGCUCAUUAUGGUUUGGAACCCAAACUGUAGAGUUGAGCAUUAUGAUGCUUUUAAGUUGUGAAAAAAAAAUGACCACUUCAUAUCAAUUUCUGGCCAAGGGUAGAGGAU